UUUAGUAAAUUGAAUUGAAACUCAGUGCUUGUGUAUACCUCGUUUGGUGUGUAUGUGUGGACGGCGUGUGUUAGUAAAUCGUUUUCCAGUUGAGCGUGUUAUAAAUUUAUUAUAGUGUAAUAAUUGUUUAUAUUUUCUGGACAUUAUUGCGUUCCUACAGGAAAGUUAUGUCGGAUUAAGUUUUUAAAAUUAAGUUUUUUUGCAAAAAAAUUUCAAAAUGUUCUGGGAUUCUGGAAACGGUGCCUGUGAAUUAUGUGAAUGUUCAAGUAUGGUUAAAGAGGGUUGCCAAGUAUCGGAAAACUGCUGCAGUGCAUUUCAUCACGACUCCUGCUCGGGAAAAGAAAACGUCCAGCAAACCUUUUGCAAUAGCCCAUUAAAAAAUGAAUCAGACUUAUCUCUGUACAGUAGUUCUAGUCCAGAUCGGCCAAAUUGCGGGAGAUACUCCCUCGAUCGAUGUGAUCAUCAAAGAUUUCCUUUGAAAGAGCACGAUCAGAAUUCUCAAGAUUCGGGUUACGAAGCCAGUUGUACGUCAGAUGAAUCCAAAUUCUUCGAAUUCGCACGCUCUUUGGGCGUAACGCCGCGACAAUGUUCACCGAUGAAACCGUGCAGCCUAUCGUUUGGCUCGAUGGAUUCGAUGGACGACGAAUUUUUGGAGCUCGUAGACUUAGAGAAACCAAUGGACGAAAACACUCAACUUCCCACCGACUUCAAUAGCCUACUAAACGACCCAUUUUCCACAGCGGUGAAUUCAAGAGAAAUUUCGCCAGAUUUCAACGUAUCCCACAGGGCCCAGCUUCGACGGGCGAUUUCGUACGAUAAUUCCGGGCGCACUCCCAACAGCAGCCGUGUACGAUCCUGCUUGUUCAAAAAAGACGACGUCGAUUUUAGAUCAUUUAAAAGACCAGAACCACCGAUUGUGUUUAAAAGCCCAAUUCAAAAUAAACGAACUAAAGUUGUUGAAAAUACUUGUUCCGUACCGGAAAUGGAAACCUCAGUAAUUCUGCCCCAACGACCAAUAUUUGGCCGAAGCAUGUCCGCAACAGAAGAAAGCAUCAAGUACGCCUUGCAUCGAUCAUCAACCGAACCAGACCUAAUUGGUGACUUCAGCACAGUAUUCUGCUUACCGCUCACAACGGGUCGUCAUCAAGAUUUGAAGUCCAUCACCCCCCAAACCUUAGCCGCACUAAUCAGGGGCGAAUAUCGAGGUGUCGUUAAUUCCUUCAAAGUUAUCGACUGUCGUUAUCCCUACGAAUUCAACGGCGGUCACAUCGAACGCGCAACAAACUUAUUCACAAAGGAACAAGUAGUGUCACAUUUACUGGAUACACCCCUAUCAUCUUCAGACAAAGCGUCACGAAAUAUUUUGGUGUUCCAUUGCGAAUUUUCCAGUGAGCGUGGACCAAAUUUAUAUCGCUUUUUAAGAAAGUGCGAUCGCCUACGUAACACAGACUCCUACCCCACGCUUCACUAUCCUGAAAUUUAUUUAUUGGAGGGAGGGUACAAAGGUUUCUUUGAGCAGUAUUCGGAAUUAUGCGUCCCCAAAGCGUACUUGCCUAUGUUAGACUCUAAUCACUCGAACGACCUUAGGCAUUUUCGGGCGAAGUCAAAAACUUGGAAUGCCGACAAAUUCCGCUCAAACAAGGAAUUUAGCUUUAAGCGUUUAGGUUUUCCCUAAUUUAAAUGUUUCAAAAUUGUACCUUGCUUUAGGUUAACGUUUACUGUUUAGUGUGUGCCAAAUAAGAAGCAGUACUAGUUCACCCACUUAUAGUACAAAUUUAGGAUUACUUUUAACGUUUUGGGAUUGUAUAGUAGAAUUUAAGAUUGAUUUUUCAGAGUUUUAUACCUUUACCUAUGUACAAACAGAUCCUAUAGUUAGUAAUUUUUUUUGAUUGUGCGGCUGACGUGUAUUUGUAUAGCUUUAGACACGCAAUCUGGCUUAUAUAGGCGUUUAUGCAAUUUUGUUUUACACCAAAGCAACUUAAUGGUCUUUUAUCUGGUAAUGCCAGUUAGUUAGUGCAAUUACCCAAGCAACAGCACUGUGAUCUUUCUAUACAUUUAAACAUUAAUUUUAAAAGUGCUAUGUGCUUGUGUGUUCAUCUUUGUUUUUAACUUUUUUGUUGUGUUUAUACGUCUUUUAUUUGUGUGACUGCAGUAUUGUAAUAUAGAAAUUUAUAAAAACUAUAUAUUAUAUAUUAUUGCAAUGGUUGAGAAGUUGACAGGAUCUUAAAAAUUGUGAUCUGUAAUAUCCUCUUGGCAAUUUCUGAAUCCCUGCAUUUUGAUUAUGUAUUUUAUACUCGGAUAAGAUCUGAAUUAUAAAAAAGAUAUUGCGAUAAUAAAUUUUAAUACGAUUAUUAA